CACCCGACAUUCUGUUGGUGAAGAGAGGGAAAUUCCUAAGAAAAACAUUUGGAGUUUUGCUUUUGUCAAGGAGUCACAUCAGAAUAAAAUAGAGUUUCAGAGACUGGUAAAGCUGUGGAAAAUCGUUGCUCUUGACCUCUGGUGACAUGUCCAAAGUUAAAACGAUGUAGUUUUGAGCGUAAACCCAGAAAACGAAGGAUUAUAUUCCAAAAUUCUUCAACCUCGACUACACCAAAUUCAACUUCUUUGUGUCUUCAUGUUUGUCUUGUGUAAUCUUUUCUACUAUAUGAUGCAUCAACUGGGUACUCUCUCAUUCCUACAAAUUUUCAAACUUUAAUGUCCCAUAGCCACUCUCCACUAAAAUUAUUGGAGGAGAUAUGGGAACACAGUCAUGGUUUAGUAAUUUACGGUGGAAUUCUCUAAAAGAUGCUCAAGAAAAUGACAAGGCAGCAAUUGGAGUUUUGGCGUUUGAAGUUGCAGGUUUGAUGUUUAAGGUUUCUAGGUUGUGGCGUUCUUUGAGAGACAAUGAAAUGUUUAGCUUGAGAGAAGAAAUUUUGAACUCUAUUGGUAUUCAUAAGCUCGUAUCGGAUGAUGAUAGUUAUCUUAUGGAUCUUUUACUGAAUAAUAUAAUGGAGGAUUUUGGACUCAUAUCAAGAUCUGUCGCCAGGCUUGGCAAAAAGUGCGUAGAUCCUCUUUUUCGUCGUUUUGAAUGUUUUGUCAAUGACCCGCUUGAGCAUAAUCUUGAAUGGUUUGGGUGGGAUUAUAGAUUGAUGAAGAUGGAAAGGAAAGUGAAAAAAAUGGAGAGGUUUGUUGCAGUCACAAUGCAAUUGUCUCAAGAGCUUGAAGUUCUUGCAGAGCUUGAGCAAACACUUAGGAGAAAUCGUGCAAAUCCUGAUUUUAGUCGAAGGAAAUUGCUCGAGAGUCAGCAGAAGGUGAUGCGUCAACGUCAGGAAGUGAGAAAUUUGCGUGAGAUGUCUCCGUGGAUUAGAACUUAUGAUUACAUUGUCCGUCUUCUGGCAAGAUCACUUUUAACAAUACUUCAGAGGAUCAUAAUUGUGUUUGAGAUUAGCCAACAACCUCCUCCAAAGGAAGACAUCAUUAAGAAACAUAUGAAUCCUGCUUGUCUUCCACGGAGCCAUUCCAUUUCUGUUAUCAUGCAAUCAGCGGUUCAUCCUUCAGAGAGUUCCUUAUGGGGAAUUUCUUCAGGACCUCUAAGUAGAUUUGAUUUAAAGCUAGGAACAGCUGUUGCAAAGAAAAAAGUAAAAAAGAAGCAGCGACAACUUCUUCAACAAUCAUCCGCUCUUCCUAACUCAAAAAUUAACCCAUUAAAUCAUUUUGGACCUUUCAGAAAUUGUGCGAUAAUUGAAAGCGGGUCUCCUAUUAUGCAGGACGGAAAACAAGCUAUUGGUGGUUCAGCGAAGUUCACAGUUGACUAUAUGAAAAUUGUUGGUAAAAUGGAGAAGUUGAAUAUGAAAUCUCUUACUUGCAGCAAUAGAGUUUUUACUAAAUUAGCUCACUUCAGUGCAAAGUGUGGGUUGCUAAAGGCCCCUUCUUCUACUCUUGGUUAUGCUGCUUUAGCUCUGCACUAUGCAAAUUUGAUUACAUUCAUCGAGAAGUUAGUUUCUUCACCUUACAUGAUCGACUGUGGAUCUCGAGAUGACCUUUACAGUAUGUUACCCACAACUAUAAGAGCUGGUCUUCGAAAGAGACUCGAGCACUAUGGCGGAUCUCCAGCUGCAUCAACAUAUGAUACUUCCCUUGGACGAAAAUGGAGUCUGGCACUUGCAAACAUAUUAGAAUGGUUGUCCCCACUGGCGCAUAACAUGAUAAAAUGGCAAUCUGAGCGGAAUUUUGAGAGAGAAGUAGCGGUUUCCAGGAAAAAUUUUCUUCUGGUGCAAACACUUCAUUAUGCAGAUCAAGCAAAAACCGAGGCUGCAAUUAUUGAGCUUCUUGUAGGGCUCAAUUACACGAACAAGGUUAGUAAAGGAGUUGAUCAAAGAGGUUGUUCUGAGUGUUCCGGAUGCAGAAAUAAUUACUCUUAUACACCCAAAAGGAAGAAUAGUGUAUAACAGAUAAUUACAGGCCUCAAAAACAAGAAGAUGCGCAAGCUCAGUCACCGAGCAGGUGAAUUGGUUCUUGCGAUGCUUUCGAGAAGCUACUACUAACGCCAGGCCGGGAAGUUAAGGUGAUAUUAUGAUCAAACAUUAUAUCAUUGUUUGCUUUUUUUGUUUUGUUUUUUUUAUUUAUGAACCACUAAUUUACUGUACUUUAACUUGUUGAAGUCUUGUAUCUGUAUCUAUGGCAGAGGUUUUGGGAACUUACCAUGUAAAGAUUACCUUUUACCUAUAGUAUAGGCAUCAUUUGGAUUGACGAUUUUUGUAAUUCAUGAAAUGUAAAAUUCAUAGAUUUAAAGCUUUAACAGUUUGAA